UGGGAGGACCUGUUUUCGCGGUGCCCUAUUUCCGCGUCCUUACCUUCUGCGUUACGCGGCGCGCUGUAAACAACUCCCCGUGACGAAAUAAACUUUUGUAGUUGCCGACAAUCUCCUCUCCUCUCCGCUGACCCAAAAAUGUGGAAAGUAAAGGCUCUACCGAACAUGUGCACAAGCCCUCUGUUGCAAUCCAGAACAACUUCUUACAGAAACUACUCACCAACAGCUUUGUCAAAAGCAUUUUGUCUCGUGAUUGAUGAGAAUGGGUCAGUUGGGGGUGCUGCAAGGAGGUACGGGGUCCCUGAGUCCACAUUACGCGAUCGUGUUCUGGGGAAGGUUGACCCCGAAGCAACAAGAUCGGGACCAGCUCCUGUGUUCAGCCUCGAAGAGGAGAACAACUUGGUGGACCACCUGAAGAAGAUGGCGCUACUGGGUUAUGGAUAUAGCAGGGCCGAAGUUAUCGAUACAGCCACAAUAUAUGCUGUCAGUCUCAACAAAAGGGACGAAGAUCAUCCACUCAGCCUCAAAUGGUUUCGCAACUUUAUGACCAGAUGGCCUGAGCUGAGUGUCAAGAAGCCACGCAGCCUGGAUCUGUACAGAGCGAAGGCAACCUCUGAAGAAGUAGUGAUGGCAUACUUCGCCAAGCUCGAUGAGAUGCUGACAAAAUACAAAUUGAAGGAUGCACCUGAACGCAUCUUCAAUGUUGACGAAAAGGGUCUGAAACAAAACCAUUCCCCACCUUUCAUCGUUGGUUCGUCCUCCUCAUCCACCCCACUUGCUGUGACAAGCGGCAGAGGGAUGACCGUUACCAUCAUCGGUGCUGGGAAUGCUCUGGGUCAGCAAGUACCUCCAUACUUUGUAUUCCCAGGACAACGUAUGAGGCAGGAGCUACUCAAUGGCUGCUUACCUGGAACAGAUGGGACCGUCAGCGAAAGUGGUUGGUCGAAUACUGCUGUCUUCAUGACAUACCUUUCAACACACUUCUUGAAAUAUGUCACUGCGAGCCGAACGGAAGAUGAGCCAAUACUCCUUCUCUAUGAUGGUCAUCGAUCUCACAUCAACCUACCACUGAUUGACUGGGCAAGAGAUCAACACAUCUUGCUCUUUGUCUUGCCUGCACAUACAAGUCACGUCCUACAGCCACUUGAUCUAGCAUGCUUUGGGCCAUUUGAGAAGAUAUAUAAUUCCCUCUGCCACCGACAAAUGCGAGCCAACUCAACGACAGGGAUUGAUAGAUAUUCAGUCUGUGAGAUUGCAUGCAAUGCAUAUACAAAGGCCCUCUCUCCAGAGAACUUAAGGAGCUCUUUCAAGAAAGGAGGGAUUUACCCUUUGAAUAGUGGUGUCGUUGAUCGUGCCAUGUACGCUCCGGCUAGAGCUCUAAACAAGUGCACCUCUAACCCAGCAACAAAAGAAGGGGAUUUCCCCCAAGUAUCGGAGGUUGGCCCGCAAGGUGACCAUUCAUCUGCAGAUGGUGGCCUCCAUGAUGUCAGACCAGAUCUGUUUAAGGAGAGAGAAGACUCGAUCGGACAAAGAAAAAAGGUUCCAAAAAAGAGGCGAUGCCUUAGCUCUGUGGUAUCAGGAAAGCCCAUCACAGAAGAGGUAUGCAGGAACAAGAUCGCUGCAUAUCAGGCCGAGAGCAAGAAAACCCCAACAUCCAGACCACUCAAAACAAAAGCAAAGAAGGUUUACACCAUAUCUUCUCAACAGUCUCAACCUGGCCCAAGCAGUCCUCCCGCACUGCAACACAUCAUCGCUUCAACAAGAGCACCGCCAUCAUCUGAUAACGACAGCGCCUCGGAUAUCGAUGACACUGCUGACAAGUGCUGUGUUUGUCGCCGAGUCCGCCCCAUUGAACUCGCUGAGUCCAUCUACUUCACCUCGUGGGGCCAAUGCAUGUUCGAGAACUGCAUGCAUUGGACACACAUCAAGUACUGUUGUAGUGUAACCCGUCUACGAGCAAAGGAUACAUUUUAUUGUCCCUGUCAUGGUCUCCCUUGUCUGCAGCCUGCAGAUCAGUAAAUGCUAUUCAGUUUCAUUCAUUCUUAAUCAUUUUCAGAGGAGAAAUUAUCAUCAUAAAAAAGAAAACAAAUAAAGACCCCAGCUGGAAACCUUUUUAAUAUUUCAAAAGUGGGGAUAUGUGUAGGGGUCCAUUGGGGAUAACUGCUUUCAUUUCCAACUUUUUAGUAAAAAUAGGAAACUUCCCAUUUCAGCAAUCGUUUUUUUUCCCCGGCAAAUCCCCCCCCCC